GAGGACGCAGAGGACACGACAGCAAGAGGCAAGAAGUCGCGAAAGAAGAAAUCCAAAACCAAACGAGCCUCUUCCGUGACGCUUGACGAAGUUGCCGCUAAGAUGAGCCCAGAGAAGUUGUUUGAGUUCCUUUGCGUGGAUAUGGAGGUGGAAAGCGCCUCCUAUGACUUCCGGGUCGGCGACAAUGAUGGUUAUGCCUACCGCGUAAGGCUGCGUUGUAUUCCACAAAAUCACCUCCCUCUUGUGAAACCGGCCAUGCAAUCAUUGGAGGAAAAGGGUUUUAUUAAUUAUUUUGGCCCGCAGCGUUUCGCAUCGUACACGAAACAAAACAUGCAUCCGGGGCUUCACCUUCUUAAAGGAGAGUUUCGUGCUGCCGCAAACAUCAUCGUCCAGCAGUUUUACAUGGACUCUGAUAUUGCGGCUGAGAAGCGACGUCGCGGUGCAGGGUUUGUAAAGAUGUACCACUCCAAGGCGAUGGGAUUUCGAAUUCCAGACCGCAUAAAAUUAGAUGCGAAGCGACGCUCCAUCGCAGAGCACGGCACGGCGCUGCAGUCGAUUCUUGACAGCGCCCUGCAGGCGGCGACUUUACUUGAAGAGGAUGAGGAAAAAGGAUCCUCGAUUGACCCCUGUGAAGAAGCGUUCCUGCGUGUUGUUGGUCCGAACGCAUGUCUGAUGUUGGUGCAUGAGUUCCUUGCGUUUGUUUGGAAUGAUAUUGUCAAUCAACGCUUUCAGCGCUACGGGACAUUUGCGGUUCUUCCAGGUGAUCUUGUGCGUCGAAACCCAUUGGCUUCACCCCAUUCAAAAGAAUAUCAAAACGUUGUCUUUGCGUCAAAGAGUGGCAUCGACAAGGGUAAGUAUACCUUUUCGGACGUGGUGUUGCCUCUUCCUGGUGUGGGGAUACGGUUACCGGAGAAUCACACAACGGACUUGUACAUCGUUACACUGCAACGCAUGGGCAUUUUGUUUAACCCAGAGAGCAAACAAUGGGACAUUUUUCGUCCCAGGCGUAGCUUUAAUGGUGAAAGCUCCGGUCAACGUGUGGCUGGGAUAUCAUCGCCGUACCAUCGUUUUUCGUCCUCCUUUGCGAAGAUGGAAGAAGAGUUGGGUAACAGUACGACCAUUGUCGAGCCUA